GAAAGGAAGACGCCUGCCACGGGGUCGGCCGUUCGAGCGGGAGUUUUGGGCUGAACACAUUAUCAAUGGGUUUAGCUGGAGUCCUGUCACAUAGUGGGCAGCCUUAAAAAUAUUAGACCGGGCCAUCCUUCACUGGUGGCAGGGGAAAGGGGCAACAGCCCCAGUAGCGAAUUCUACCAGUGAGCAAUGUGACAUGGUUGUUUCUUGCCUGGCACGUUUCCCAGGACCCUGAUGAGCUGUCUCCCGGUAGAGAUCGGCACCGACUCUGCGCUCCUCGGUGAAUGUUUGCUCACUGACAGCUUGCGGUUAACAUGGCCCCUGGCUCGAUUGAGGUGGAGCGCAAGUUCGUCCCGGGACCUGGCACCGAGGAACGGCUGCAGGAGUUGGGGGGCAUCCUGGAGCACCAGAUCACCUUCCGAGACAGCUACUAUGACACCCCCGAGCUGGACCUCAUGAGGGCUGACCACUGGCUGCGUCACCGAGAGGGUCGUGGGUGGGAACUCAAGUUUCUUGGGGCAGCAGGUGUCUCGGGGGCCCACACAGAGUACAGGGAACUCACAGAGGGGCCUGCAAUCGUGGCCCAGCUCUGUGAGGUUCUGGGGACAAAGGGUCAGGGGACUGGAGGUGUGGCUGCCAUGCUAGGUCCCCUGGGACUGGAGCAGGUAGCUAGUUUUGUGACUACACGGAGCUCCUGGAAGCUGAUGUUUUUGGGGGCUGAGCAGGAGUCCCCACUCAGGGUGGACCUGGACACAGCGGACUUUGGCUACGCCGUGGGUGAAGUGGAGGCCCUGGUGCACGAGGAAGCCGAAGUACCACAGGCCCUGGAAAAGAUCCACAGCCUGAGCAGCCUGCUUGGUGUACAGGCCCUGGAGAAACCACCCGCCAAGCUGAUCGUCUACCUGCAGCGUUUCCAGCCCCAGCACUACCAACUCCUGCUGAAAGUGAAGCGUGCCAGAGAGAGGCCCCCAGGGACUCAACAGCCAGACUAGGAGUGUCACUGGCCAGAGGACCAGAGUUUGGGGUUCUUGCCUGAGCUCACGGGGCCGCUUAGCCUGGCUUCUCUUCCAACAAGGAACUCCUGACUCUCCCCGGCCCUGCUGACUCCUUUGCUUACCUUGAGCUCCUCUGCCCUGAAUCCUCCCCGGCCGCCUCUUCUCCCUCAUCCGUCAGAUGCAAUCUGUGGACCGCCCCUCUCCCCUGGCCGCUAAGCAGCCUCCAUUGAUUUCCGCUCGUGUUUAUAGGAUUUCCACUUAGCCGUGAUCAGUAGUUAAGCACAGGAAAAUCCCUUGCCACCCCCCCUCCCUUGGUCGAUGCCAUUGAUUCUGCCAGAGGCUCCUACCCGGGCUUACAGCUGAGUUAGAGAGGAGGGCGGCAGCAGGGAUUUCCCCGCCUGGGGUGUGGGGUGUGGGGAAUAGCAGUAGGCUCCCGAGAAACAAAGUGGGAGCUGCUGCUGCUGCAAAGCGAGAAAUUCUGGUUUGGUUUUGCAAUGGUGCCCUGUUCCGGCCCCAGCCUGUGGAGGCUUCCCCUGGACGUGUGGGGCAACCCACUCCCCAGGCUGCAGAGGGGCGGAAAGAAAAACCUUCCUUUGUUGAUCAGGUUUUAAAGGCGUAGGAAGAUACAGAAA